ACGAGCAGCCGCAGUUCGGUCUGAACGUGGCGGGAGCCCAAAUGAGCUCGUGAAGUAAACAACAGCGCUCGUGCUGUGUGCAGAGAAAUGAAAUAAGUCGGUACAUGUUUAAUUUGGUCAUGAGCAGGUUACGUUCAGCGACGCUCAAAGGCAAGAGAGUCGGACUGGAGGUGGUAGAGACAGCAACAACGAAGCGGAAGAGGUCACAUACAGCCGUGAAGGAAGAGGACACCAGCAGUGCUUCCUCUCCGUCUACAUACCACACCUUUCAUGAUGCUGCUGAUGUUGUGCUGCUGCGCUCUCAGCUCCUCAGUUGGUACGACAAGGAGAAGAGGGAGCUGCCAUGGAGGACUGUGGCAGAGACAGAGUCAGACCUCAACAUCAGGACAUACGCAGUGUGGGUUUCAGAAAUCAUGCUGCAGCAGACACAAGUUGCCACAGUAAUAGACUACUACAACAAAUGGAUGAAGCGGUGGCCUACUGUGCAGGAUCUUGCAGCUGCUACACUAGAGGAAGUGAACCAGAUGUGGGCGGGCCUCGGCUAUUAUUCCCGAGGAAAGAGGCUGCAUGAAGGAGCUCAGAAGGUGGUGUCAGAGCUUAAGGGACAGAUGCCUCGCACAGUUGACGGCCUGCUGAAACAGCUGCCCGGGGUGGGACGUUACACUGCUGCAGCUAUAGGCUCUAUUGCACUGGGCCAGGUUACGGGAGCUGUGGAUGGCAAUCUGAUUCGGGUGCUGUGUCGCCUGAGGGCCAUCGGCGCUGACAGCACAAGUCCUGCAGUAACAGAGGCACUUUGGAGUCUAGCUAAUACACUGGUGGACCCUGGGAGACCUGGGGACUUCAACCAAGCCAUGAUGGAGCUGGGAGCACGAGUCUGCACCCCUAAAGGAGCGCUGUGCAGUCAGUGUCCCGUGCAGUCUCACUGCCACUCGUACCACAAGGUUCAUGUCAAGCAGGAGAAAAACUCAAGGAAGCUGUUGGGGAAGCCGAACAGGAAACCCUCAACGCUUCCUGAUAUAGAAGACUGUAUGAAUAGUGGGACAUGUCUGCUGUGUCCCUCGGAGCCCUGGGACGAUGAGUUGGGUGUUCAGAACUUCCCCAGAAAGCCAGCGAAGAAACCGCCUCGAGUGGAGCGAACUCUGACCUGCGUGGUGAUCCGACCUGGAGAGGAGGGAGGGGACGAGUACCUGCUCACACAGAGACCAAACAAAGGUUUGCUGGCGGGCUUGUGGGAGUUUCCGAGUCUCCUGCUAGAGGAGAAGAACUCUGAGAUGAAACAGAAGCAGGCGCUGUGUGCCGAGAUCAGCAGGAUACUGGGAACCCAGCUGGCUGUCAGCCUCCUCCAGUAUGUGGGAGAGGUGGUUCACAUCUUCUCCCACAUCCACCAGACGUAUGUGGUUCACAGUGUGUGUUUGAAGGAUGGUGACACACACACACAGACUGAAAAUGCACAGUGGCUCACCAGAUCUGCUCUGCAGGAGGCUGCUGUGUCCACGGGAGUGAAAAAGAUCGUGAAGCUUUGUGAUUCUGUGGACAGUCAAAAAGAACAAACCUCAAAGGAUGGAAAAAGGCAAAAGAAUGACAAGAAGCCACAGAACUCUAAAAAACCCAGACUGAGUGCGGCUAACAGCAGCAGCAGACAGCUCUCCCUCAGCUCCUUCUUCAAGACAGUUAAACAGGAGUCUUGAUGGGAUUGUAUGUAAAAGUCCUUCAUGGGGCCUUUUUCAUGCCUUACUGUCAGAGCAUCACCCCUGUGGUGCCACAUUAAGGGAAUUAGAAACAAAAUACAAUCACAUUUUUUUACUAGUACUACUAUUCCUGUAUUAUUUACUAUGGAUACUAUCAAAUUAUUUUUACAAGAUUGGUUUUUAAAUUGUUAUAAAAUUAAAACAAAGAGAUCUGUA